UCUGCGUCCGCUUUCUGAGGGCGCUCAGGGGGUUUCUGCUGUUUCUUUGGAAACUGUGUAGCCGAGGACGUUGUGAGCUUUGGAUUCGGAGCGGUGCGUGUUUCGGGGUUGCGCCAAAACAGCAGCUGUCGCCACCGAGCAAGGAGAAGUGGGUUCGCCUGCCGUCAGGAGCGGGCGACAGAAACUACAAUUCCCGGCAUGCCGGGCGGGUCGCGCAUGCGCUGAUGCUGCCCGCCGUGGCGGGCAUGCGCAAUGCCGAUGGCCCGUUCAUAAGGAGCAAGAGCAAUAGCCUUCAUGAAUACCGAAGAAGACCAUGUCUAUGAUCCUGUUUGCCUAUGUGGCCCGUGUGACGGAUGGGCUUCCUCUCUCUGCGUCUACAGACUUUGAGUGCAGCAGGGAGCUGCAAGAGUGUAAAAAGCAACUGAAAGUUGUGUCUAAAAUGCUUGGGCAGUUUCCUGGCCGUGGAACCGUGAAGAACAAUCAACUUCAUAUACAUUUUACUUCUUCACAGGGUAUCGCCUACAUGACCAUCUGCUGUAGCUACUACCCCACAACGAUGGCAUUUUGCUUCUUGGAGGAACUUGGAAUGGAGUUUAUCUCUUCCUUCGAGAUCGCUAAAAUUCACAUGGUUUCAAGACCCUAUGCUUUUCUUGAAUUUGAUAGUACAAUACAGAAAAUAAAAUGGCACUAUAACUAUUCAAACCGGCCAUCAAUAAAAAUCAGUGUGACCAACAUCCAGAGAGAGCUAAAGGUGACACCACCCCGCCAAGUAAAUAUGGAUGAUAUCAUAGUUUCUAAUGGGACACUGAACGGACAUCUGCUUUUGCAGUCAAGCCCUGCACCCAGUUACAGACUGGAACCAGUAAGUGCAGUUGGGAUCCUCUCAGUUAUCCUUAAUAUUAUGUGUGGAGCUCUCAACUUGAUCCGUGGAGUUCACCUCAUAGAACACAAUUUUCAGGAUGGUGAUGAAGAAAAGGGUUCAGUUAUUGCAUUUCUUAUAGCUUUUAUAACCUGUGUAUUCCAGUGUUACCUGUACCUGUUCUUCAUCUCAACGCGGAUGAUCAAGGCAGCUGGAGCGUUUAUUCUCAUUUGUAUAUGCAAUUUUUAUUUAUUUGGGCUGAGGAACGUUUGGCAGAUUCUCUUCCACUUAGGGGUGGCCUUUCUCUCCACGCAUCAGAUAUUAUCAAGAAAACUCACUGAGAAACAGCCCGAUUGUGGAGUUUGAUACUCAAGUACCUGGGACCAAGGACUCAUCCGCACUUAUGGAAAGGAAUCAAAACUGAGUGUUCUCAAAUGUGCCUUCAAUAUGUUUAAUAAUAUUGUCAUCAUCACCACAGAAACAAAACUCUUGAGACUUAAAGGAGGGAAGAUAAAUUGGUCCCCAUUCUCAAAUGGAUUUUUUUUGAGGAGGAAAGGAACAUAAUGACUUGUUUACUGUGUGUUACCUUACAAAUACUUAACACUAAUCCACAAGAUCAGCAGUGGAACACUAAAACCAUAAUUCCUGUGGUGCUGAAUGAAGAAGUCAAGAUGACAAGUUAGUUUCCAAGGGAAGCAGGUUUACAGGCAGAAAGUCAUUGGACAAGGGAAAUGCGGAUGUAUUCAACCCUUAUCUUAAAGUCACGAUUCUGCUCUUUUAUAUUUCAGCUCUAAAUUGCUACAUCCAGGUUUGUUAUGGCAAUUGCCUGUGAAAGCUUGCCUCACUGUCCCUGGUAGUGUUACCAGUAAUAGUACUGCAGUGUGACCACUUUGAAGAGGUGUAACUAGAAGAUGAUAGGUUUACAUGUGCAGGCUCCAUUCUAAGUGUGAAUGUUAGCAGCUUCUAAUAGAAAAAGGGAGAAAUAUGUGUAAAUACAUAAGUUUUAUUUAUAAAUGCAAAGAUGGUACUCAUGAUAAAUUGCUCUACAUAAAACAAAUGGUGAGUUAAGCCUGUUGUCUACAUGUUAAGUUAGAAAGCCUUUGCUCAGGCAGCUGGAUCUUAAGUUCUUUCACCUCGCAUUUUAGGUGCCAGAUUCAUAUUCAUGUUUAACUGUUUUGAGUGAAGUGGGUUUUCAGUGUUGAAAGAUUUUAUCUUAUGCAUCAGGACAGAAUUACAAAAAUACCAGAUCUCACUGGGAGUGACAACUGAUGCUUCAGAAGGCAUUGAAUGGUUGACAAGUGAACUCUGAUUAGUCAAGGUAUUGCAUGGAGAAUGCUUGGAGGAGCAGUUGACUCCCGAACUUUUGUUUAAUUUCACACUAGGAAAAUCACCUCUGAUUGAUCAAGGCAUUGCUAAGGUGAAUGCACCGGGGAUAUUGUCCCACAACCUUGCAUUUGGUUCAGAAAGUCUCAGAAGAACAUGUUCUUUCUAUUUCUGAAGGACAAUGCCCUGAGUAUGAAUAUAUGUAGCUUCUAGCAAGAGUAGGUAAGUUGUGUUGCAAAACUUAGAACAUAGUAUCAAACUUUAGAUAUGAUUCCAUAAUUAAACAAUACUUACUAAACAACUGUGAUUGUGCUAAGAAUUAUGUGAAUGGUCAAUUUAAGAUUAUAAGAUUAUUUGCUGUUCUUGUGAUUCUGUUCUGACAAAUGCAAGGCAACAAGUUUCAACAGGGAUGACUUUGUUAAUCUUGAAUAUUGAUAGGGAAAAAAUCAUUUAUGGGACACAUCAGGGGAUAAGGUGUCAAAGUUUAAUCCAAUAGUUCACAUUUCCAAAUGUAAUUAUACCGUCUGAGAAGAAAGGUGAUGUGAUUUGUCUGAGCUCAGCUGUUUCAGGAGACUGGCCUUUUGUUUAAUUAGGAGGUUGUACUAACAUCAUGCUGUGUUUUUGCAGCCAAAUUACUUAAUCACCCUCCCUCCUGUAUUAAGGGCACCCAAAUUAUUCUAAUCCAUCUUUUCUAUGCUAUGUGAUGCAGCACAGGUGAGCAUAUUCUGACGGCGCAGUAAUAUGCUUAUGGAAGGAUGGAAAUUGAUGAACAUAAAGUUACUUUAAUAAACAGUGACUCAAAGACCAUGGAAUAAUUAUGGCACAGAGAAAGGCCAUUCAGACGUCAUGUCUGAACCGGCUAAAAGGAAUGGAAAUCUCAUGCUUACGUUUGAAUCAUAGAAUUACUUCAGAUGUUACAGAACCCCCAUUACUUGGUAAGUUUGCCUUAUUUAUUUCGCAGGGUGAAUUUGUUGGCAAAGGCAGGAGUUCAGCUUGCACUGGCUGUUGCUCAGAGUUGCACCCUGUUGGGAUGGUAAUUGUAAGAAUUGCAUUGUAAGCCUAUAU